GAACAUCCCACCUUUUAAACUCACCGGCCCAUGAUCCACAAAAUGAUAAGCGGAUUCUCUUUACAAGUUCCAAGCAGUCAUCAAUUUCAUGUGUUGGCUGGCUCCUUAAGGAAAAAAUGAAACCCCAAAACGCAAGAGAAUAAAAUUCAUCAGCAUUGAGCGUUCUUUCAACACGUAUGCACAUUUGUAUAGCACUAUUCACCUAUAGUGCGGUGCCUACGCAAAUUCAAGGGGUAGUGUUUGAAAAUAAAGUUGGGUUCCCAUGGCGGACGAUGAAGAGAGUUUGUCAAAUGUGAAUAGGCCGUUUUUGGAUGAAAAAUCGGUAAUGGAAGCGGAAGUGAUUAAAACCGAGGAGCAAUGUGGGAUUUUUCGUGAAUUGGACGAUUCGAAUUCAAGUGGUUGGGCUGUGAAAGAUGAAAUGCUUGUGACAGAGAAGAAGCCGGCGGAAGAGGAAGGUGGAGCAGAGUGUGAUGGUGUGGACAGAGAUGAAGCGGUAGAGAUGAGAUUGGAGGCGGAGGUGGUGAUGGUGUUGAAUGUAAAAGGUUGCGAGGAAACUGUUUUGAAUGUAAUUGAUUGCGGACAGGCGGGCCAGGAGGCGUCGGAGGGAAUUCGGAUGGUUGAAGGUGAAGUGGAAGGUGGUGGUGAAAUAACUGUUUCUUAUAUUGGGGAUUUAGAACUCAGUAAAAACGGCGGGGAAGAAUUGGUGCCAGUGGCUGACACGAAAGAGGAGAUGGUAGUUGUGAGAGAGGAAUCGGAGGCAUCGAGUGGUGGUGAAAUGGCUGGUUCUGAUGUGGGGGAUUUAGAACUAGGCAAAAAGGGUGUGGAAGCAUUGGUGCCAGCUGCUGACACAAAAGUGGAGAUGGUGGUUGUGGGAGAGGAAUCUGAGGCAUUGAGUGGUGGUGAAAUGGCUGUUUCUGACGUUGGGGAUGUAGAACUAGGUAAAAAAGGCUGGGAAGAAUUGGUGCCAGUGGCUGAGACAAAAGUGGAGACGGUGGUUGUGGGAGAGAAAUUGGAGGCUUCAGAUGCUAAAACUGAGACAGAGGUUGAGGUAGAGAAAGGUGCGCAAGAGAAGGCUGAAAAUGAGGAAGUAGCGGAGGUAGAGCAAAUGGAUUUUCAAAUGGUGGAAAGCAAUACGAAGGUAUUGAUAGAGGGUGCUAUGGACUUUAAGGAGAAGGUUGCUGUUGAAUUAAAUGAUUCAGAAAUUCGGGUUGCUGACGAAGUAACUCUAGAGGAGAUUUCAACCUCCCAAGCCAAAGUGGAGUUUGAGAUGACGAAUGAGACAAAUUCUGAAGUGGCCAGUGCCAGUGCUGGAGAGCAGGUUCAUGGAUUAGAUGGUGGUAUGGGAGUUGUUGGAACUGAGUCAUUAGAGGCUGUAAAAGAUGAGUAUGCUGAAGAUAAAGGGGUGGUUGCUGACGAUAGCUUGCUGGCAGAAACCCAAGUGGUGCAGGAGAAAGAUAUGUAUUUGGAUGUAUCAAAGGAUUCAGAAUCAGCUGAGCCUGUGAACGUUGCAGAAACUGUGAAGGAAGCAGUGGCAAAAGAUGAGAUUCCAACAGCAGAUACAAAAAUGGAAACAGAUACGGAAACAGAUAUGGAGGCUAAAAAUGAUAACUUGGCUGAGAGGAUUUCAUCCAAGGACACAAAAUUGGCAAUACAGAGUGAAAUGGAGAUUGAGAAAACAAAUGAUGAUGUUGGUGAGUUUGGUGAGGCGUUGGGUGAUUCACUGGCUGUUGUACAAGAUGAAGAAGACGAGGCAAUGAUUGCCAUGGAGGAGACUGGGACUCAAGACACUGAAAUGGAGAAUGAAAUUAAUGUGGCCAACUCUGGGAAAGUUUCUGGAGGGAAGCAGAAGAAAGGAAAGAAAUCAAAGACUUCAGCAAGUUUUAAGAGAGCAGCAAAAGCUACAGGGAGGAAGCUCGUGGGAGACGAUGUUUGUUUCAUUUGUUUCGAUGGUGGGGACCUCGUCAUGUGUGACCGCAGAGGUUGCCCAAAAGCAUAUCAUCCAUCUUGUGUUAAUAGAGAUGAUGCAUUUUUCAAAGCCAAGGGGAUCUGGAAUUGUGGUUGGCAUUUGUGCAGCAUUUGUGAGAAAAAUGCCCACUAUAAGUGUUAUACAUGUGCAUUUUCCUUGUGCAAAGGUUGUAUCAAAGAUGCUGUUAUCUUAUGCGUUCGUGGAAACAAAGGGUUUUGUGAGACCUGCAUGAGAAUUGUCUUGUUAAUCGAGAACAAUGAGCAGGAAAACAAGGAUGCUCAAAUAGAUUUUGAUGACAGAAGUAGCUGGGAGUAUCUCUUCAAAGAUUACUAUAUAGAACUGAAGUCGAAGCUUAACCUAUCUUCAGUUGAAGUUGCUGAUGCUAAGAAUCCAUGGAAGGGAACAGCUGGCACCAUCAAACAAGUGUCAUCUGAGGCACAUGUAGAUGCUAAUGAUGGAGGGGGAUCUGGCUCUGAGGCUACAGAAAAAUUAGAAAUCCAUAAAUGUAAGAGAAGAAAGCUAAAGAAACGAUCAAAAUCCCCAUCCAAAAAAGAGGAAUCAGUAAGUUCAGGUGCAACAGCAGGAAAUGAAUGCAAUUCCGUAUCAGAUGACACCAAGUGGGCAUCUGAAGAGCUUCUUGAAUUUGUUUCACACAUGAAAAAUGGUGACACAUCUGUCCUAUCUCAGUUUGCUGUACAAGCUCUCUUGCUUGAAUAUAUCAAAAGAAACAAACUUCGUGACCCUCAUCGGAAAAGUCAAAUUAGAUGUGAUACCAGAUUUGAAAAUCUAUUUGGAAAAUCACGUGUUGGACAUUUUGAGAUGUUAAAACUUCUUGAAACUCAUUUUCUUUUAAAAAAGGAUUCACCAAUGGAUGAUGUUCAAGGGAGUGUUGUUGACACUGAAAGUGACCAGUUGGAAGUUGAUGGGAAUGCUGACACCCUAACCAAGGGGGUCAAAGAUAGGAAACGUAAAAUACGUAAAAAAGGUUACAACCAUGCCCCUCAAUCUAAUGUUGCUGAAUAUGCAGCAAUCAACAUGCACAACAUUAGAUUAAUUUACCUACGGAGGAAGUUGAUGGAGGAUCUACUUGAAGAUGUUGAGACGUUUCAUGAUAAAGUUGUUGGAAUGUUUGUGAGGAUAAGAAUUUCUGGCAGUUUUCAGAAGCAAGAUAUGUAUAGACUAGUGCAAGUUGUAGGUACAAGCACAGCUACUGAACCAUACAAAAUUGGCAAAAGGACAUCUGACAUUAUGCUGGAGAUAUUAAAUCUAAACAAGACAGAGAUCAUAUCAAUUGAUAUUGUCUCAAAUCAAGAUUUCACCGAGGAAGAAUGCAAGCGGCUUCGCCAGAGUAUCAAAUGUGGUCUUAUCAGCAGGCUGACUGUGGGUGACAUUCUUGAAAAGGCCUUGGAAAUACAGGCAGCCAGAGUGAAUGAUUGGCUGGAAUCCGAGAUUUUGCGGCUUGGUCAUCUUCGUGAUAGAGCAAGUGAUUUAGGACGUAGGAAGGAGCUUAGAGAGUGUGUGGAGAAAUUACAGCUUUUGAAGACCCCUGAUGAGCGUCGACGUAGACUGGCAGAAAUUCCUAAAAUACAUGCAGAUCCAAAAAUGGAUCCAAACUACGAGUCUGAUGAUGAUGGCAGUGAAACUGAUGAAAGUCCAAGAGAUGCUUACAUCGGCUCCAGAGGUUCAGAUUUUAGUAGGAGAGAAAGGGGACCAAUCUCUCCUGGAAGUGAUUUUUCUGCUGUAGAUUCUUGGAGUGGUGGUGAGAGAAAUUCAACUAAGAGCUGGGAAUUAAGCAGAAAUCUGUCUGGUAAAAAUAUUUCAGCCGAUGCUAUCCAAAUUGUCGAGAAAGUGAAUGAAAAUUCAUGGAAUCAAGGAACAGAGAAAGAAUCAUGCACCCAGCAAUCUAACUGUUUGGAGAAGCCGAGUUCAACUACUAAUUCUGGUUCAACAAAUUCUGAAUCUGUUGAACGGAAUGUCCCAGUUUCUGCUGUUUCUUCGCUCACUUCCCCAGCACCUCUCUCUGCUGGGAUAGUAGAAACUUCUGCUGUCAAAAUCAAUGAAACCGAAAAGACGUGGCUUUAUCAAGAUCCUUCUGGAAAAGUACAAGGACCAUUUUCCUUGGUGCAAUUGCGUAAAUGGAGCAAUACAGGGUAUUUCCCCACAGGGCUAAGAAUUUGGAGAACUGAAGAAAAGCAAGAAGACUCUAUACUUCUGACUGAUGCUUUGGCAGGGAAGUGUCAAAAAGAGUUACCAGAAGUUCGCAAUAAACUGCAUAAUCCUCAUAUUUCAUCUGAUCAUUCUGCUAUGACUCUUGAAACUUCCUUACACCAGGAUAUGAAGAGAUUGAUUGCUGAACAAAAGCCUGUGCAGAACCCUAAUCUCUCCACCGAUCGAAGUUUUGGAAAUGAUUCAUCAGUCGUUCCAUCUCCUACCCUGAAACAAAUUAAUGGAGGUUGGACUGGAGAAGGGGGUCCUCUCCCAGUUGAAACUCAACAUCCCGCUCUCAAUGCAGUGCUCACUUCACCUGCUGCAGCAUUGUCACAAAACAGGACUGAUUCUUCUGCUGCUUCUUCAGUACUUGGUUCUUUGGCUGCUUCUAGUCCAGCACCUAAACCUGAACAAGGUGGACUAAUAUCUAGAGAUUUUCGUCAAACGCCCAAGUCAACUAUGACUAGUGAACCACAUGUAGUACAGAUGCAUGGCCAUCUGCCUACCGCACAAAAUAUGACCGUCCAGCCAGUUCAAUCUGUUAUUAGUCGAGACCAUCAACUUGAACCUCAUGGUUCGGAUAGUGCUCCUAGUCAGAAGGUAGAGCCCAAUGUGUUUAUUCCACAGUCUGGACAACACCAAGCUCAUGGUUGGGGUGGCAUUAUGUCAACUGUUAAUAAUUCUGCUGGAAAUUCCUCAAAUUCAGGUUCUGCAGUUAUUCCUCAACCUGAUUUUUGGCGACCUCCAACUUCUGCCAUUCAAUCCAACUUGCAGUCCCCUGGGAUGGCAAAUGCCCCUUGGGCUGAAAACCCAAACCCUGGCUGGGGUACAAUGCAAGCAAAUCCUAAUACAGCCUGGGGGACUCAAACACCAGGAAGUAUGAACAUGAAUUGGGUACCUGUUCAAGUGCAGCCCACUGGAAAUGCAACUUCUGAUUGCGUGGUUCCUGCCGGAAAUUCUGGAGCUACUGUUCAAGGGCCUGCGUCUGGAAAUGUACAUCCUGGUUGGGUUGCAACUCCAAGUUGGAGUGCUCCAAAUGGCAAUACAGGAACAGCAGCUCAACUUCAAGGGCCAGUACCUGGAUGGGGUCCACCAGCAGGAAUAAGAGCACCUGUGGGAAUGGGAGCUCCUGUGCAGGGGCCACUACAAGGAAUGGGAGCUCCUGUUCAGGCGCCACCACCAGGAAAUGGAGCUCCUGUUCAGGGGCCACCACCUCCUGGAGUCGGAGCUCCUCUUCAAGGGCCACCGCAACGAAAUUCAAAUCCAGGUUGGGGUGCACCAGCCGUGGCCCAGGGUAUGUGGGGUGGCCAACAAAACCCCAAUGGGGGUCCAUUCUCAGGUGGUUUUAGUGGCGGAAGGCCUUGGAACGGACAGCCCUCUUUUGGUAGAGCGGGGCCUAGACCUUUUAACAGGAGGCAGAAAGUAUGUCCAUACAAUGGAAAUGGGCGGUGCAGGAAAGGGGCAUAUUGUGAUUAUAUACAUACCUAACUGAAAAUUCCCAGUUUGGGUCCAUGGAUGAUUUUUAACAAUCAUUUCAUGCUAGCAUUUUGACCUCUUCCAAUCCAUUUUGGUAUUUAUACUUUUAUCUAAAGCUCUAGGAAAAUGUUGAAUUCUUAUUUAAAGAUGCUUUGUUUUUGGGGGUUAUGGACUUUUUGGUUUUCUGCUUGUUGCGUCAACUAACAAAUUGGCAUUUAUCUGUUGGUCAAUCAAUGACAUAAUAUUGAAGUGCA